CUCCUCCCGCCUCCUUCCUCUACCGCUGCCAGGGCUCAGAUUGCCGGCUCCACCGAAAUGAGCGGCCGGAGCGGAUUUUACCGGCAAGAGCUGAACAAGACGGUGUGGGAGGUACCGGAGCGGUAUCAGCACCUCACCCCGGUGGGCUCGGGGGCCUAUGGCUCUGUCUGCUCCACAUAUGACACCAAAACAAGACAAAAGGUAGCGGUGAAAAAAUUAUCCCGGCCGUUUCAGUCACUGGUUCAUGCACGACGGACUUAUCGGGAGCUGCGCUUGCUUAAGCACAUGAAGCAUGAAAAUGUAAUAGGUCUACUGGAUGUGUUUACACCAUCAUUGUCCGUGGACACUUUUACUGAAGUGUACCUAGUAACCAAUCUAAUGGGAGCAGACCUGAACAAUAUUGUAAAGUGCCAAAAGCUGACAGAUGACCACAUCCAAUUCCUGAUCUAUCAGCUGCUUCGGGGCCUCAAGUAUAUCCAUUCAGCGGGGAUCAUUCAUAGAGACUUAAAACCCAGCAAUUUAGCGGUAAACGAAGAUUGUGAAUUAAGGAUUUUAGAUUUUGGACUGGCAAGGCAGACAGAUGACGAAAUGACUGGAUAUGUAGCAACUAGGUGGUACAGAGCUCCAGAGAUCAUGUUGAAUUGGAUGCACUAUAACCAGACAGUUGACAUUUGGUCAGUUGGAUGCAUUAUGGCCGAGCUUUUGAAGGGCAAAGCUCUUUUUCCAGGGAAUGACUAUAUCGACCAGCUGAAAAGGAUAAUGGAAGUUGUUGGAACACCUAAUUCUGAGUUUCUCAUGAAAAUUUCAUCUGAACAUGCUAGACGGUAUAUUGAAUCUUUGCCAUAUAUGCCACAACAGGAUCUAAAUGAGGUGUUUUGUGGUGCCAAUCCUCUAGCCAUAGAUCUGCUGAAGAGGAUGCUCAUUCUGGAUAGUGACAAGAGGAUCGCCGCCUCUGAAGCCCUUGCACACCCUUACUUUGAACAGUAUCAUGAUCCAGAAGAUGAGCCCGAGGCUGAGCCUUAUGAUGAAUCUACAGAGAAUAAGGAGCGCACUAUUGAUGAAUGGAAAGAAAUUACCUAUGAGGAGGUGAUUAGCUUUAAGUCUACUGAUAAUAAAAUCGAUAACCUGGAAAUUGAACAGUAAUGCUACGAUGCUUCUCACCCUUUCAAUGGACAAAUUAAGAUGGCUUUUGCAACUUGAACUGCUUUUGUUGACCAAAGACAAGAGAGUCCUAAUAUUCCCAACAUUGUUAGCUAUGACACGCUGCCCUGAUGUAACAGAAAGGAAAAUAAGUUAACAUCUUCUGUCCGCCAUACAAAACACACAAGCACAACUUUGUUUUUUU